ACAAUGUCUGAGAUUAAAAUACCGUAUAAAGACGAAUUAUUUGAUUUAUCUCAUUUUAACUAUGAUGGAGAAUGUGGAAAACUAUUUAAAUAUAAACCUAACAAUCAAAGAGAUUUAUUAAUUUAUGGAGUAUAUUUUUCUGAUAAACAAACAUGGUUUAAACAAAAACAAACUACUAUGAAAGCACUUUCAUUAAAUCAGCAUGGAAUUCCAAAUGCUAAAAAGGUUUUGAUGUUAGGUGGACAAGUUCCAGAAGUCAACUUCACUUCCUUAAUGAAAUCAAAAGGAGUAGAUGUUAUUCCAGUAAAAGUCGAUUCAUUAUAUAACGGAGCUGUUCUUAGAUAUUUUGUAAUACAAAAAUACCUUGAAGAAAACAAAGAAAAAUAUGAUAGGGUGUUUGUUGCAGAUCUUAGAGAUGUGUUUUUCUUUGAAGACGGAUUUUCUACAUUUUCAGAUAAACAAUUAUAUUUAAGCAACGAGUGUUCUAGAACUAAUAAGGGUGAUAUAAAAUGUGCUUCUCUAGCAUUGAAGAUAACAAAAAUAUGGAUGCAAAAAAGUAUUAAUAAAGAAGUUGCAGAAUUAUAUGCAGCAAAUAAAACUAAAAUUAUAAAUUCAGGAACAAUUUUUGGUGGAACUGAACAUGUUCUUCGUUUACUUCAAAUAUUUACUUCUCAUUUUAAUUACCAAAGAGUUAAUAUAUGGGGAUAUGAUCAGUCAUUAUUAAAUUAUUUAUAUUAUAGCGGUCAAUUUAACUCAUUAAAUAUUACAAUUGCUAAUUGUGAUCAAAUGUUUUGUUUUGAUAUGAGAAAUGGUUGUUAUUACAAUAAAAAAGAAAAAUCAUUAAUAAUGAGAGGUUCUAAUUGUUCACCAAUUAUUAGACAUAAAAUUGUCUCUAAAAAUCCCUAUUUUGACUUGUCCUAA